AUGAGUGUAAGGUGCUUGGAUAUAAUCGGCGACCAUUACUAUUUCCUUUGCCUUACAAAUUUAUCCCUCAUUUUUCUUCUUUUCAUUCUACUAUUGUCUCCUGUUUUUGAUUUUUUUUUCUGUUUCUUCUACCAACAUCUCUCUCUUUCUUUUCUUCGCUUCUGUCUACCAUUCUCUCCCUCUUUUCUUCCUCCUACUAUCGUCUCUUUCUGUUUUUUUUCUUUUCCUUUUACAAAAUGUCUCUCUCUCUCUCUCUUUUUUCAUCUCUUCCUUCUACCAUUUUCUCUCUUUUUCCAUUCCUUUAGUAUUCUCUUUUUUUCUUCGCUUCUUUCUCCCAUUCUCUUUUUCUCUUUUCUUUCUUUUUCUUCUACCGUCGUGUUUUUCUCUUUUUUCUUCGCCACUCCCACUAUUUUUCUCUUUCUUCCUCUCUUGCUUUUACUAUUACUUCUCUUCUUUCCCACCAUUAUCUCUCUCUAUUCCUUCUCUUUCUUUUGCCAUUGCGACUCUCGACUAUUUUGGAAUUCUUUCUUUCUUUCUUUCUUUCUUUCUUUCUUUCUUUCUUUCUUUCUUUCUUUGUCGGUUUCUCUCUAA